UCUCAAACUCUUCCUAAAAAACAGAAGAAGAGGAAACAUUUCCUAUCGCAUUCUAUGAGGCCAGCAUAAUGCUGAUAAGCUAGCAGACUAAAACUUCCCAAGCAAAGAGAACUACAGACAAAUAUCCCUUAUGAAAAUAGAUGCAAGAACUUCAAGAUUAUAGUAACCAAAGUAAAAAUAUUUCUACUUGCUGAUAUCAUGAUUUUAUAAAUUCUUAAGGAAUAAAAAUAGAAGCAGAAAGAAACUGUUAGAGCUAAUAAAUGAGUUCAACAAUGUUACAGGAUACAGAUUAACACUCAUCUAUCAAUUGCCAUUCAAUACAACUGUAGAAAUGAAAGUUUAUUAUAAUUCUAUAGAAAUGAGCAACCUGAGGAAAAUUAUUUGCAAGAGCAUUAAAAAUAAUAAAGUACUUAAAAAUAUUUAACCAGGAGGUACUAGACUUGUACUCUGAAAACCACUAAACAUUUCUGAAAAAAAAAGCUAAAGAAGUCAUAAAUAAAUGAAAAUCUAUGCCAUGUUAAUGGGUUGGAAAAUUUAUGAUAAGAUGGCAGUACUCUCUAAAGUAAUCUGUACGUCCAAUGCAAUCCCUAUAAAAUUGCAACAAAUCUUUCUUGCAGAAAUGGAAAAGCUGACCCUAAAAUUCAUAUGGAAUUGCAAGGAAUAGCCAAAACAACGUUGGAAAAGGUGAACAAAGUUAGAAAACACACUGCCUGAUUUUUAGUCUUACUGUAAAGCAGUAGUAAUCCAACAGUGCAUCAUUGGCAUAAAGAUAGACAUAGACCAGUGGAAUAGACUGAGAGUCCAGAAAUAAACUAUAUCUAUGGUCAUACGAUUUUCAACAAAUGGUUGAAAUUCAGCAAAUGGUAAAGACCAUGGAAUGUGGAAAACAGUGUUUUCAACAAAUGGUGCUAGGAAAACUGAAUAUCCACAUGCAGAAGAAUGAAUUUGGAUCCUUACCUUAUACCAUAUGCAAAACUCAAAAUGGAGCAAACCUAAAUUUAAGAGCUAGAACUAUAAAGUUCUUAAAGGGGUAAAUAUGAUAUUGGAUUUGGUAAAGGAUUCUUAGAUAUAACAUCCAAAGCACAAGCAAGAAAAGAAAUAAUAGAUAAGUUCAUAAGACAAUCUAUUAAGCCUUCAUAAAUAUGAUAAACUUUUGUGCAUCAAAGGACACUAUCAGGAGAGUGAAAAACAACCCAUGGAAUGGAAGAAAAUAUUAGACCUGAUAAGCAUCUAAUAUUCAGUAUAUAUAAAGGAUUAUUAGAACUGUGAUGGUCCUCCAUGUCAAUUUGGCAAGGUUAUAGUUCCCGGUUAUUUAAUCAAACACAUCUACAAUCAGUUGACUAUAGAGGAUAUUACCUUUGAAAAUGUGAGUGGGUCUCAGUCAUUGAGUUGAAACCUUUGAGAGGCACCCACAGGAACCCUCCGUUCCCUCCAGUUCCAUCCAGGUCCUACCUGUUUUCAGAGAUGGGUGUAAAUAGCCCUUCCUCUGGGAAGUUGUCCUUGAUGCCAGCCCCCUUCCCCCAUCUACCAAUUCAAUGGGUCUCCCACUUCUGUAUUAUCAAAUUCUCCCAGUAAAUGUAAGACUUGGGAUGGAGCAGGGAGUGUCCUGCACAGAGGGUCUCUGAUUUCCACUCCUCUAUCACUCUCCCACAGCGAGUACCACAGCUGUUCACCUUAUUCCUUUUCUAGAGGAAUAUUCCUUUUCUGGAGGUUGAUCUGAUUCCCCUAGGAGGCAGACGGCUAAAGUCCAUCAGAAAGAGCCCCCUAGCCCAUCACUAGUACCCCAUCCCCGCCCCUUUCAUGUUGCACUACCACCAAGGCCCUUGAGGGGGCAGUGCACACCCAGAAAACAGGACUUGGACCUGGGCCACGCUGUGGAAUCCAAAGCUGGGGGGACACGGGAGCUGAGACUCAGGGACCUUCUAACCCAGUCUUCUCUGAUGACAGACAGGGAGACCAAGGCCUCAGUCAGAAAGAGACUUGGAGGAACCCACAUCUCUUUCUCCUCCAUGGUACCAUCUGAGGGGAAGGCUGACUCCAGCUCCAGACCAAAAUCUCCUGCAGCUCUGCUGCUUCGCCAUCUAGGAAACCGGGAUGGGUGUCUUAUGUCCCUGAUCCAGCCAUUUGGACCCAAGGCUAGGCAGCCCGUUCGUCCACUUGGCCCGUGGGAGUCCCCUGCAGUGCCCAUCCUUGGUGAAGGCAGGGUGCCCUCUCCUGGGAGAUGGAGGGAAGACCAGAGGAGCAGCAGGGGCCCGGCUUCCUGAGGACAGGCUAGGCUGGUUUAGUGAAGAAAGGAACUCCCACCCGCCCCACCAGCCUGGAAGAAGCUAAAUGCCAGCGGGAUGGACCAGCAUGGAAUCCAGACACCUGCUGAUUCUGCCGGUUCAGCAUCCCCUCCUGGAACAGCCAGCUGUUGCCACUUUAUCCCAUUACCAGGGCCUCCUGCCCCCAAACUGUCCCCCACCUGCCCACGAACCAAACAGACCCCUUUUCCUGUUAAUUUAGACAAGACAAAACUGGAAUUUUUCAAAGAUACCUUAAGUGAGAAAUGAAACGGCACCGCGUCUCGUGCCCCUCUCCCUCUCUCUUUCUAGACUUCCAGACUCCACUCUGCCUUGAUGAGCAGCUCCCAGCUCUAUGGUGAGUGGAGGUGCUUUGCAGAGCAGAGAGGAUGGCGUGCGGUGAGGAGAAGUUCCUGAGGUUCGGCAUUCCUGGGGAAGCAGAGAUUGGUUUUAACCAAGACAAAGAAGAUGGGAUGGUUUUUCUUGACCACAAUGGCUCAGAGAUGCAUUUCCUGUCUCCUGCUAGUUUUCGGAAUAUUCAAUGUGCUUCUCUGGAUGCUCCUGCCGGCCCUGAGUCAGCCUCGGAUUUGCGCCUGGCGUGGCUGGGAGAGCCGACCUUCUCACUUCCCUGCAGGGGUGUCCAGCCAGAGGCCAAGAUGUCCUCAGUGGGGAAGGUGACCCAAAUUCCCAGCGGGAAAGUCUACCAGCAGAUCUUCGAGGCUGAGGUACAGCUGGUCCGCUCCCUGGCAUCCACCAGGAAGCGAGCUAUGGAGCGCUCCAUGGCCCCAAAGGAUGGCAGGAAGCUCUUGAUGACGAAGAUGGAUAUUCGUGAAGGGGAGAUGAUGUCUCCUCGGCAGCGGAAGUGGGCGCACAGCCUACCCAAUGACUGGGUCACCGAAAACCCUGUUCUCUACAGGGAAAAGGAAAUAGCCAAGAAGGAAAAAGCUCAAGAGGGUGAGAACAGCAUUGCUGCCAGAGAAGUGCGGGGCCUCCCAGACGCCCCUGUUCCUGAGAGGUUCAGCACCAUCACCCUUCAAGGGCGAGGGGAUUACAAGAGGAGGGGCUAUGAGAGUGCUCUGGCGAGCUUUAAGGAGGAGAUCGAUCAGACUGCGAUGGAAAUGGAACCUCUCAUCGUGGAGCCAGGAGCCCUUCUUUUAAAAAAGCUGGCUGAGUCUGACGAAGACAUCAACAAUCUCUUCGAAAAGGUGGAAAACGACAGCAACCUUGAAGACUACACCAUCCAAACCCUGUUGGAGCUGCGGGAUCAGGUGGCCGAGAAGUUCCUGUUCCAGAAGCAGGAGAUCAAGGAGCUGGACAAGACGCUGCACUCGCUUGAGUUCUCCCGGGCAGAUAAACUAAAAAGUGUGUUGAAGAAAUAUGUGGAAAUCAUAGAGAAAACUUCCUACCUCAUGCAGCCCGACGUGUACAGGCUGAUUGAUAAAGAAGCCAUGAUCAUAAACCACGCCCUGCUGGGCAACCGGAGGGCCCUCGCCCAGCUGUUUGUCAACCUGAUGGAGGCCGCGCUGCAGCAGGAGCUCGAUGGCCACCGCCGCUGGCAGGGCCUGGUGGAUGCCUGGAAGGCUCUCAAGAAGGAGGACCUGGUGCAGGGUUUCAGUGAGUUCAUGGCCAGUGAAAGGAUCCAGACUCCUCCAGCUGUGCAGAUGGAGCUGGAGACCAUGUUUAAGAACCAGAGCGCCCUGUGGCAAAAGCGGCUGGACCAUCUCUGCACCAUCUGUGACCUCCUGCCCCCCAAUUACAGCAAAGCUCAGCUGACUGAAUGGCGUUCUACUCUCAGCUCCCUGAAUAAGCACCUCGACGCCUACCACGUGGACUGCAUGAUGCGGAUCCGCUUGCAGUAUGAGAAGACCUGGGAGGAGUGCCUGGCCCAAGUGCAGAAGUGCAAGAAGCAGCUGCUGGACUGGAAGGCCUUCACUGAGGAGGAAGCAGAGAGCCUGGUGAGCCCGUCCUUCUUCCAGAUGGUGGGAAAUCUCCAGAGCAAGGCGGAGGAGGAGCUGGAGGCCUUGGAUAAAUCCUUCGAGGCCGUGGCGAAGCAGACAGAGCGGCAGAACUCAGAUCUCUUCAGCUAUUUCCAGGAGGCUGUGCAGCUGUGGGAGGUACAUCGGAGCAUGCUGUUGAUGCAGGAGCUGGAGCUCGAGAAGAGGAUGGAGCAGCAGCGGCAGAAGCACAGCUGCGAGAGCCAGGCCCAGGAGGCUCACCUCGAUAAGCUCUUGGACCAACUGAGGCAGCAAAGCUGUGAGAAUACCCUGAGGUUACACCUGGAAAAGGCCAAAGAUUUUCUGAAGAAUAUGAAAUGCAGGUGUGAGAGUUCUCAUGGCCUCCUGACAAAGGAAGUGAUGGAGUACCCAGCGAUCCUACUGAAGGAACUCAACUCCUACAGCUCCACCCUCAGCCAACACUUCUGUGUUCGUGAAAUCUUUGAGCAGAACCUGGAGGGUGAAGUCAUUUUCCGACUGAGGGCACCAGAACCACAUGAAAAGCAAUUCCAGGAGAGAAGGAGAAAACUGAGGGGAAAACAAAGGCCUAAAGCAGAUGCGAGCAAAGGUGAGGAAUGCUUAAGUAGGGGAAUGAGUUCCCUCAGGCCAGUGGAAGAGAUAGAAGAAGUAGAAGAUCAAGAAAUCGAGUCCCCCACCACUCAAGAGGUGGUAGUAAGCCCACAGGAAAAGUCUGUACUGAGUGAAGAGAUGGAUGAGUCCAGAGGGGACUCUAUUCCGGGAUUAGAAGAAAUGCAGGUUGAAAGAGACAGCUCCUUAAAAUCACCCCCGAACCAGGCAAACAUGAUGGUUCAUGAAGAAGAAGAGGAGGAGAAAAAGGAAAAGGUGGAGGAGGAGAGGGAGGAAGAGGAGGAAGAAGAGGAAGAGCGUGAGAGUUCAUCUGUGGAUGAGGUCAGAGCCCAGGAAGAGAGUCUGGGAGCGGUCUCCCAUGAGGAAAUGGAGUCCUUCACAACGCCCAGUGGGAACACUUACUUUGUCUUCCUGCCCCUGGAACAAGAAGAGAGUAGCAAGAGGCCCCAUUCCAACCUUUCUGCCAUUCUCUUCAAUGACACUUCCAGUGCCAAGGUCCUAGAACAAAUGAUCAUUCCAUCCAGACUAGUUUUAGAAAUUAAGAAACAGCUUCGAGCUGGCUUUUUUGAGCACUUAGAGAAGUGGUUUGACCAAUGUGCCCUCAAUGCCCGGGUCAUCGUGGCCACCAAGAUUAAUGAGCUGGAUUCAGAACUGGAGCUGCGUCUGCACCUGCACCAGCCAAGAGCCCAGCUCAUUGAAAAGGACAUCCACAACGUCAGGGCAGCCGAACUCUUGCUUCACCAAGAGCGGCUGGACAGCCACUGUGCGGGGGUGAUGGAGACGCUGAGGAAGGAGAGGAGGAUGUUCUGUCAGUUCCAAGAGGAGCAGAACAUGAGGAGCAAAGACUUCCAGCGCAAGAUUUACGACAUGGAGCACAUCUUCUUGAACGCCACCAAGAGCCAGAAGCUGGUCACUCUUAGCAGCACUCUGCACCGGGAACUGCUCAGCUACGUCGACGUCGUCCAGCUGUCCCUGCGCAGCUUCCGCCAGUACCUGGAGGAGAGCCUGGGCAAGCUUCGCUACACCAACGUUGAGUUUGUCAGGCACUGCAGAUUGUUCUCAGAGGGAGGCAACUUUUCUUCUGAAGAAAUUGACUCACUGUGUCAUCGACUGGAGAAGGAAGCUGCCCGGAUAGAGUUUGUUGAAAAUUUAAUCAUGAUCAAGAUGGAGAAGAUGGAGAGCGAGUACCUGGACCAGGCUAAUGAUGUCAUCAACAAGUUUGAAAGUAAAUUCCAUAACCUGUCUGUGGACCUUAUUUUCAUAGAGAAAAUCCAGCGGUUGCUGACAAAUCUGCAAGUGAAAAUCAAGUGCGAGGUUGCAAAAUCCAAUUUGCAAACAGAUGGAUUAAAUUCUUCUCUGGAACAGCUUCAAAGCAAGGUGCAAAUGUGCCGAAGCUCAAGGGGAGAUGAAAAAAUAGUGACCACAGAAGACCUCCUUGGCCUUGUUCGAACUUGGAAAGAAAAACUGAGCCAGAGGAUUCAGUAUCUCAACUGCAAGCUGAACAUGGUAUCUGUGACUCAAGUGGUCCUUACCGACAACGUCCUGACCAACCUGGUGGUAGAGAGUGACAUCCUGGUGUCUUCAGAAGCCCAUGAAGAAGAGGCCAAGGUAGACGUGGUCACCCCCGAGUCCUUCACCCAGCCAAGCCGCAUGGGGAAGUCCCUGAUUGAAGACCCAGCUGUGGAGGUGGUCAGGAGGAUCCUGCAAUUUCCUGACUCCAAAUGUCCAACCCAGCAGUGUGACAAAGAGCGGUCCCAAACAGGUAGCGGCAAACAGGUCUCAGGGCACCGGUGGGGGCAGCUGGUGGUGCCACCCGGCCCCACCUCACCUUGGAUUCUCUGUUCUUGUCCUGGGUGCUUGUCACCCAAAGGCUUGAAGCGACUCCGGAGCCGGGCAGAGAACUCCGUGAAGAAGGGCUUGUCCACUGCCAGUACCACCUUGGCAGCGAGCAUCACACGGUAUGCCAAGCCCAACAGACUAGAUAGAAAGUACCAGGUGCUCGGAGACAAGCCACCUCCUCCGGCGGAGGAUUUUAAAGGCAUCGUCCUGAGCCUCCUCUGGGAGAGCAACGAGCACCUGCUGACCGUGGUGGAGGAGUUUUACCACAAAGAGAAGCACUCAAUCACCAGGCCCGACUGCAUGUACGGAACCUUUGACCAGUGCGCAGAGAACGUCAGCAGGAAGAUCCUGGUGUACCACAGCCAGGCCGAUGAGUACCACAACUCCUGCCUCAUAGAAUUACGGGCCCAGAUGAGGAGAUUUGAGGAGCUAUUGCCCCAGGUGUGUUGGCUGGCGAUGGAAAAUUUCAAGGAGCACCACUGGAAAAAAUAUUGCACCUCCACCAAUGAGAUCCGGGGACAGUUCUCGAAUUAUCAGGAACAGCUGGAGAGAAGGAAGGAUGAAAAUGCCCAGAAGCUCCACCCAAAUCUCGGACACCCCGCACAUUUCCAAGAAAUGGAGUCUCUGUGUCAAGUGGAAGAGAAAAGGCAGGAAGAUUUGGACACCAUGAUUGCAGUGACCAGGGAGCAACUGGAGGAGUUCACCCGGAAGUACAGCCGGUUUUUCAUAGCCAGCUUGGCCGCCUUCACUGAGAAGUUCCUGCUGCAGUUGGACGAGGUGGUCACCAUUGACGAUGUCCAGGUUGCAAAGAUGGAGCCCCCGAAACAGAAAACAUCAAUCCUAAUACGGAGGAAACUCAACGGGCUCUCCCUGGAGGAAGAAAGUGAGAAGCCCCUGAUUGAACGAGGGAGCAGGAAGUGGCCAGGAAUCAAACCCACCGAAGUCACCAUCCAACACAAGAUUCUCCUCCAGAAAACACCAUCAAUCACCACCACCAAAACGACCCUGGGCCACCUGGCAUCCGUGCAAGCUCGAGAUGCUAUCUAUUUGAAAUAUUUAGCGUCAUUUGAAGAGGAGUUGAAGAAGAUCCAGGACGACAGCACACUGCAGGUGAAGGAGGCUCAGCGCUGGAAGGACAGCUGGAAGUGCUCUGUGCGCACCAUCCAGGGCCUGUACUUGUGACACCCUCAACCCGCUCCCAAUAAAGGCUUAUUUUGUGUGGACUCCUCA